AUAAAGUCAACAAAGACUCCCCCAUUUUGCAAGUCUUCCCGAACUAGUUUUUUUAUCUUCCAAGCCCAUCUUCCGCUUCAGUGAUUCAUCAUCGCCCACAACCCAUCUUCCCUGAGCCUGCCUAUCCGUUUGCUGAAACAACAACAACCACAUCCCCACUCCAUCCAACUGUUCAGGAAAUCCGUCUUCCACCAGAAUGAAUACACGUCUUCUUCUUCUGUUAUGUGCCAUGUUCUUGGUCUUGAUGAUCAAUAUGACUCAAUCGCAGGGCAAUGAUGCCUUGUACUCGAAUUGCAGCAACCUGUUCAGCUGUGGGAACAUCCAAGGCGUCGGCUACCCUUUUUGGGGCGGGAACCGAUCCAACGGCUGCGGCUACCCGGCGCUACAACUUGCUUGCGAGGAUAACGCUGCCACUAUCAAGAUAUCCAAAGUCAAGUACAAGGUUCUCGGUUUCUACCCCGAACCCAAGGUCCUACAGAUCGCCCGGGAUGAUUUCUCCUCUGGAAUCUGCUCCCCUGACUUCACUAACACCACUCUCGACCCUGCACUCUUCAGCAUGGUCAUCGGCUACGUCAACUCCACAAUCGUCUACGGCUGUCCGAAUGGGCAAACGACCAGCCCGUUCUCGUGCACCAUAAGAGGUACUGCUUCUAAAAACGGUUAUGUGAUUCCUGGGGUGGCUGUAGGGCCAGGAAGUUGCUACAAGAGCGUGGUGGUCCCCAUCUCUCAGACUCUAUUGCCCCAGCUGGCUAAUAACUCGACUAGCUUGGAGAAUCUAUUGCAGCAAGGAUUCGAGGUCAGGUUAGGAGUGGAUUCUGCAGCGUGUAAAGGGUGUGCUAAUACGAAAGGCGUCUGCGGUUAUGACAUCUCAAAGAAUGCAACGGCCUGUUAUUGCACCGAUGGAUCAUCGGGGUCGGCAACAUGUGCGUCGUCUGCUGCCGGAGGGCCUCAAGGGCAGCCUGUUUCAAAAGGAUUCAACAGGCGGACUAAAUUUUUCGCAGGUGGAGCUCUUGCUAUUGGUGUAUCAGUAUCUGCAAUUGCCAUCAUUUUCCUCCGCAAGAGUAAAAAUGAAAUCUUCUCAUGGAAGGUUCUACUCUUCAAGAACGAGAAAGAUCGCAAUGUUGAGAAAUUGAUGAGAAUUCACGGAUCUCUUGUUCCAAGAAGAUACCAUUAUAUUGAUCUGAAGAAAAUGACAAACUCAUUUUCAGAGAAACUUGGUCAAGGAGGAUUUGGUGUAGUGUAUAAAGGGAAGAUCGGUGAUGGUAGUCUUGUGGCAGUGAAAAUUCUAACAGAGUCGAAAAGUAGCUCAGACGAAUUUAUCAAUGAAGUCGUGAGCAUUAGUAGAACUUCUCACAUUAAUGUGAUCACUCUUUUAGGCUUUUGUUACGAAGGGAACAAACGAGCUCUAAUAUUCGAGUACAUGCCUAAUGGUUCAUUGGAUAAGUUCAUACCCUCUGGAAGAACAUUAAAUAUGAGUAGUUCCUUGGAAUGGAAGAUUCUAUAUCAAAUUGCGAUUGGCAUUGCUCGUGGGCUAGAGUAUCUGCACCGAGGCUGUAAUACCAGAAUCUUGCAUUUCGAUAUAAAACCUCAGAACAUCUUGCUCGAUCAAGAUUUUAUCCCCAAGAUUUCAGAUUUUGGCCUUGCAAAACUUUGUCAUGGGAAAGACAGUGCUGUAUCAACUCUCGGCAUGAGAGGAACGGUUGGGUUUAUUGCACCAGAAGUUGUUUUUCGUAACUUGGGGAGAGUCUCUCACAAGUCCGAUGUUUACAGUUACGGAAUGUUGGUUCUUGAAAUGGUAGGCUUUAGAAAUUCUGACAUCAAAGUUUCCGACAGCAGUGAUAUGUACUUUCCAGAUUGGAUUUAUAGAAACUUAGAGCCUGGCAAAGAUAUGAAAUUGCCAAUGAAUGUGACAGAGGAGGAGGAAGUGCUAGCGAGGAAGAUGAUUAUUGUGAGUAUGUGUUGCAUUCAAACCAGUCCAUCUGAUCGACCUCCAAUUGUGAAGGUGAUAGAAAUGUUGGAAGGAAGCGUUGAAUCACUGCGAAUGCCGCCAAAGCCCAUCUUGUGUUCUCCAACACUACCACCUUCGCAACAUUGGGAAGUGAUGGCGUCAAUUUCCAAUGGGAGCCUCGAGGAGGGAAUACUAGAGAAUUUAGAGGAAAGCAGUAACACACGGUAAAGUGGUAAUGCACGACUGAACUUCUUGAGGUAAUUGUCAUGCCUUUCUUUAGAUGGAAUAUGUUAUUAUUAGAGUUACAGUGAAAGUGGAGAGAACAGUUAGGAGGAUUUCACUUGGAGAAUCAUAGCAAUUAGCAAGAAGAUAUGAGAAUUUCAACUUAGUAGAUCAAAUGCUCUCUGAAGGCUGUUGGAAAGCACACUUGGAACUUGGAAGAUCAGUGUCAUCUCUCAUAGAACUCACACAGAAAUGGUUCCCAGCAAUGUUACUCCUCCACCAUCAUGUAGAUUAAUAUUCUAUGAAUGUAUAACAUGACCAACGAGAUGAGCGGCAUUUUUGUUAAACUCCGAGGACUGAUCAACUGAAAAUCCCGGUGGUCUUUCUCGCUUAUGCCUGGCCUCUAGGUUCGAGUUGCCACACUUUCACGUUCUCUUGUACUUAAUGCUUUUCAUUUUGUUGAAAAUUAAAUUGUCUAUCAAAUUGUUCGGGCUUCAGACUAGGUAUAUGGCAUAUUAAUCAAACUAUUUGCAAGAUUUCCAAAUC